CAACAUCUGCUUGGAGAGUAGCACAAACAUGAAACCACGGCUCAGCCACCCAAAACAAUACGCCCUUACCUGGAAGUAAUGCGAUAGGAAAGAUCCAUGUUAGGGCACAGCGUGAACAACAACGGUCAUUCUUUGUAGAACGUGACUUUACCAUGGUCAUGUUUUCGUGACACAGAUGGACAUCUUUUGUACAUGUCUUCGGUAUGUUAAUCUGAAGAGUGGUGUGGUAUUGUUCUCUGUCAGACACCUGUAGUCGUUGGAUCGAGAAGCCUUCGGGCGACAAAAACUUACAAUACUUUUACAAGCAUCUAUGGUCAGAUCUGUAAAUACGUGUACUGGAAAGGCGACAAGACGUCAGCAGUGGUGACGAGAUUGCUGUGUUGUGAAGCGUCAAAGUCAAGGUACAGAUUCUAUUGUUUGCUGCUAUGUGGUGAAGUUGGCAAACAGUUCCCUCGGUGGGUAAGGUACACGUAGACUAGCGCGACCUGGGCGUCCAUUUUGGCGUGCUCAUUCAAUAGACCGGACUAUCCACCCUCCAGGCACGUACAGAGCCGCCAUGGACGUGGUUAAUGGCUCCGCCGACUCCGUAUUUGACGAAGCCGACCUCGCCGUCCCAACCAUCGGGACAGUGGAGCUGAUCGCCCGGCAGGACGACUACAGAGGCACGCUGGAGGUGACCGUGGUGCGGGCCCGUCUGAACAAGGACGCCGUGCGCAGGGUACGGGGGAAGUCGACGCGGACAACACUGCGGACAAGAACUCAGGCCAGUGUCCGAAGUCACGGGAGCUGUGACCCUUAUGUCACAGUGGAACUUGGAGAGGACAUUUUCACGACUAAAGUCGCCAGGCAAACCUACACCCCCAUGUUCAACGACAAGUUCCUGUUCCAGCUAAGAAAAACCUCAUAUGCUUCAGUAUUGCAUGUCAACGUUAGAAACUUCAGAACGUUCAAAAAGGACAAGCUGAUAGGAGCGGUAACGCUGCAUGUGGGCGAACUGGAUCUGGGGACAGUACAACAAUUCGACCUGAAAGUACCGAGAACCGAUAUAACUGCCUCGGGUACACGUACACAGAGUAAAGAUGAAAUUCCACAAGACGCCGAUCCAAACACCAAUAGAAUGGAUGAAACUGACUCGCUGGUGUCAGCAAUGUCGAGCAAGGCUAAGGACCUACACACUGCCGCCUUGAGAGGAGACAUCGGGAGGAUCAACAAAUUCCUGGAAGCCGGACAUGACGUCAAUGAGAUGAAAUCGAUGCGACUGUUUCCAUAUAACACGUCGGAUGUUGUCAAAGAACAUCAGUUUGAGGACGUGACGCCAUUGCACUGCGCGGUGGUUGCUGGGAACGCCAAGAUUGUGUCCCGUUUGCUGCGGGCCGGCGCCGACACACUUGUGCGCAGUAAGGAUCUCCAGUCGCCGCUGCACAUGGCCACGUGGUUCGGCCACGGUGAGAUCCUGGAACUCUUACUGCUGAAGUAUGAAGUUCAGUACCAACAACAAAUGAAGCAACAAGGAGUCAACGGUCCUCUGACUACAACUACAGCCAGACUUCUCAGCUGGGUGGACCCAACCAUUCGGAAAGAUCUGAAAAGCAUGAUAUGGGAAGCAGCGAGGGUUGACAACGUGGCUUUCCUGAAUGUGCUGGUGGGACCGCUGCAGUGGACGGUGGAAGAUCUCACUAUCAGAGAUCGCCAGGGGAAUACACCACUGCACAUCGCCGUACACCAUAGGUACCAAUCGAAAAAGUUCGCGCAGGCGCUCUUGGGGAUGAACUCUGACCUACUUGGCGUCAAGAACGAUGCGGGACAGACUGUGGAAAACGUCGCCGCUGACGACAUGAAGUUUACACUGAUGGGAGCGGCAAAACGCGUCGGGAGUUUGAAGAGCGAUAGUCACUUCGAGGAGGACUCCCUGGGCUACUGGGUGUACGCCAAAACAGUUGCCGACAUCCUGACGGACGAGUCCACUACCAUGCCCAUCACUGUGGGCAUCUACGCGCGCUGGGGGGCAGGCAAAUCCUUCAUCCUCAACCAGGUCAAACAUGAGAUUGAUGAAAACAUCGCAAAGGCAACAAAACUAAGAGAAAUGGAGCGUUAUAACUCUAAGAUUACAACAAAAAGGAAGCGCUCGAUUCCCGUCCCACCGCUGCCGUUCUCGACGUGUGUGAGCGUGUUGGCGUUCCUGUUCUUCGCGGCAACCGUGGUAGGUGGCGUCCUGUCCUACCUGUACUACCGCGCCAUCUACAAGAUCAUACUGAUCGUCGGUAUAAUCUCCACCCACUGCACCCUUGUGAUUGUUGCGUACCUGAAGAGGAAGGAUCUGAAGCGGAUCUUACUGAAGCUGUUUCCUGGAUUGCGCUGGACAAGCAGGCACCUUCAGCUGGUCGGGAUCUGGCUGGAUCUGCUAGAUCCGCCGAAUCUUGAAACGAAUCUUCCAAAUCCCGGUCACGUCAAGAUCAUCCACGUGCAGUUCAACGCCUGGGAGUACUCGGGCUGCUCGGCGCUCUGGGCAGGGAUCGUCACCAAGCUGUGUGACGAAGUGGAGGGAGAAAUCGGCCCGUGGACAACCCGGCUGUACCGCGCUAUCCACGACAAGUUCACGUCGUCUGAGAGACCGCCGGUGACGGGGAGGCUGUGGUUCAAGUUGUUGGUGACAGUGAUUCUGGGGACGGUACUGAUUGUGUUGGCGGUGGUGUUUGGCUUCAGUGGAGACAAUCCCAUUGCGAUAGCGACAAGUAUAGUUGAGGUCUUGGCCGCCGUCGCACUGGGAGCUGGGAUGUUGUCAAACGCCACGAAGAUCUGGUCCUUCCUCAGGAAGAUGGCGGUCUCUCAGACAGCUCGGCUGGUGGCUCGGACCACGAAACCCAACUUUGACCAGGAGCUGGGAUUCAUGGCGAAGGUGAAGACGGAAGUGAACGUGAUAACGUACCUGUUGCGGUACUUUGAAUCAGCCCGUCGGAAGCAGUAUCGGGUUAUUGUUGUAGUGGAUGAUUUGGACAGAUGUCCCAAAGACAAGGUCAUCAAAGUGAUCGAGGCGGUGGGCAUCCUUCUGUCCGACCCAAACUCCCACUUCAUCUCCCUCCUGGCCGUGGACCCCAGGAUUGUCGUCAAGAGCAUCGAGGAGAGUUUUGGGGAGGUGAUGAAGAACUCCAACAUUAACGGGUAUGAGUACCUGAAGAAGAUGGUUCAGCUGCCCAUCUGUCUGCCGGAUCCUGGCGCACAGGAGAGAAAACGUUUCCUCUGGGACACGGCAAAGAUGUCCGCCACCGAGCGGAAGGUCCUGGUAGUGCAGAAGCAGGAGGCUGGACAAGCAAAGGCGAAGCAGGAAGCCAAACGGCGCCUCUUCAACAUCCUGUGCGUGUCGGUAGGAGUUCUGUCCCAGCGGGACAGGCUCACAAGGUUCACUCCCACACAGGUCGCAAGGUGGGUGCUGCUAGUUGAGCAAUGGCCCUACAGGAUGAGCUGGAUCAUCCAGUACGUCGACGACUUCUUCCAGAGGAGGGAGCUGGGAAGACACGAGACCCUCCAGCGGGGGAUCCAGCCGAGCGACAAGCUGGUGGACGUGUUCGUGCGGAGGGUGAAGGGUGAGAUCUGCACGCAGCAGGAGUGGAGUCAUCUCAACCCGCUGGACGAAGACCCCGAAAUGUUCGAGCUCUUCUUGACCUUUGCCGGCUUCACAGUUGAGGAUAUGGCAGACCUCCUUCCUUACACCGUGAACCUUGACCUCUCGAUCCGGCAGACGAUUGGCUACGCUCGAGCCCAGACCGAGGUCCAAGAACUCAAGCAGAAUCAGACAACCGAAGGCGAAUCAUCUGAUACCUUACUCUCGGACCAACUAAGGAAGGAAAGAGGCGGACCAGGAAUCUUAAAGGUUCCAGAUGGUGUUUUCAGCGUAGAGCGGGAAGGAGACAACCUUGUGGCCCCUGCAGGACAAGGGCGUACUCAGCCCAGCACAUCCGGCAGACGAGUACAUCAGCUGCAGAUCCAUGAGAAACACGCUGGUCCUGACUCGGACAUUGUCCUUGACGCCAUCAUCGAAGAAGAGCCGGAGGAGGACUCCAGGACCGCCCAGCGGCCGCUGUCUGCAGCGAGGGGCGACUCCACCGACAAGGUCAAACUCACCAACGUUCCGAUUUUCAUAUCCCCCUAGUAAAAACUUCUCUUGCCCAAAUGUCGGUUAGGUACAAAGAUGUCACCUUAUGGAAUGAACUAACCCCAGCCCUA